GAUCGCAUUUGUGCAAACGUUUGGCCGGUUUGGGUCGCGUCGUAAUUGGAAAUCGGACAUAUGGACUUCAGGUCAGUCUCCGCCGGACAACUUGCAGCGUCGCAUUCCCUUUUAUUCCGCCGCUCCCCAAAGCAGAGCUAGACAGUGGAAUAUAUGCCGCCGGCUCCCUCCACUCUCCGCUCCAGUACUCUGGUUGUCACUCUCAUCACUGUAGAGCCGUCGUCCCUCUCCUCAUCUUCGCCUUUGCUCCUAAGCUAAACACAAAGAAAGCCAAGAAGGGAUGAUCGACGAGAACAAGAGAGUCUUGGCUUCUUAACCCGAAGAACGAUCUCUCGUCCCCAAUUCUAUUUCUCCAACGACGACUUCUGAGAUGGCUUUUGCCCUAAAUCACCCGAUCUCCACCCGAGUUCCUGAAAUCCCUCGCUCAGAGAGCUGGAGCUUGUAUGGAUCUUGUUGGCGUCAAGCUAGGGUUUCCACUGUCAUCUGUUCGAAAACUGAUACAGCCUCUGGAUACAUUUCCGCGUCGCCGAUUCUUCUUCCCGAUGGACCAUGGAAGCAGGUACCUGGUGGUGUUACUUCUCCAAAAGGAUUCAAUGCUGCAGGCAUGUAUGGUGGGUUGCGGGCAAAAGGACAGAAACCUGACCUGGCUCUGGUGACAUGUGAUGUGGAUGCAGUUGCUGCGGGAACUUUUACUACAAAUAUUGUUGCAGCUGCACCAGUUGUCUACUGUAGGCAUGUACUUGAAACUUCCACAUUGGCACGUGCAGUAUUGGUAAAUGCUGGGCAAGCAAACGCUGCUACAGGUGAUGCAGGCUAUCAGGAUGCAGUAGAAUGUGCAAGCACUGUUGCUGAGCUUCUCCAAGUGAGACCAGAAGCAGUAUUGAUUCAAUCCACUGGUGUUAUUGGUCAAAGAAUAAAGAAGGGGGCUCUUCUUAAUUCACUCCCAGUACUUGUUAAUUCACUAUCAUCAACUGUUGAGGGAGCAGAGUCUGCGGCUAUAGCCAUUACUACCACUGACCUUGUAAGCAAGAGUGUAGCUGUUGAAACUGAGGUUGCAGGGGUGCCAAUAAGAAUAGGGGGAAUGGCAAAGGGUUCUGGUAUGAUUCAUCCAAAUAUGGCAACAAUGCUUGGUGUGGUAACAACCGAUGCGCUUGUGACAAGCAAUAUUUGGAGAGAAAUGGUGCAAAUGUCAGUGAACAGAAGUUUCAAUCAAAUAACAGUAGAUGGAGAUACAAGUACCAAUGAUUCUGUUAUUGCUUUGGCUAGUGGAAUGUCUGGCUCAGCCAAAAUUUCUUCACUUAAUAGCUAUGAAGCUCUUCAACUACAAGCAUGCUUGGAUGCAGUGAUGCAAGGUCUUGCAAAAUCAAUAGCAUGGGAUGGUGAGGGUGCGACAUGCUUAAUUGAGGUUUCUGUGACUGGUGCAAAUAAUGAGGCAGAAGCAGCAAAGAUUGCUCGCUCGGUAGCAUCUUCUUCACUUGUAAAAGCUGCUGUAUAUGGUAGAGAUCCAAAUUGGGGUCGCAUUGCAUGUGCUGUUGGCUACGCAGGUGUCCAUUUCAAUCCAAAUGAGCUUCACAUAUCCCUUGGAGAUAUUCCACUAAUGAACAAUGGCCAGCCACUUCCAUUUGACAGGGCUGUGGCUAGUAAUUAUCUCAGGCUGGCUGGAGAGGCCCAUGGGACUAUUGAAAUCCAUGUGUCUGUUGGAACUGGCCAAGGAAGCGGAAAAGCAUGGGGCUGUGAUUUAAGUUACGAUUAUGUCAAAAUAAAUGCAGAAUAUACUACAUAAGACUGAAGACUGCAUUUGCUCUUGUUUGCAUUGGAUUGACUUUUUAAUUCUAAACUGGAGAAAUGCUACCAACAAGCAGGGUCUGGCUGUCUUCUUAGACCCAUCCCAGAAACAUGAACAGAGGUAAAAAAUUCUCCUCCUUAUGAAACCGAAUUACUGGGAAUCGAUAAAAGCAGCCAUUAGUUCAUGUUA